AUGCUGAGGUACGACGUUACAGAUGUCCUCUGCGAGGAUCAGACAUGUGAGCUGCCGGGUGACUGUGUAGUUCGUGCGGUGGUGGGACGCGUGGUCCUCCUGCGGCGGCUGAAGUUCAAGCGGGAGUUCUUCGUCCCGUUUGUGCCGACGCGGUCGCUCCUCCUCGUCUUCCCCACCCGCGACCCCCUUGACGGCGAGGUCCUCCGCCCGGGCACCGUCGAGGCCGUCGCCCGAUAUCUCCGCUGGCUCGCCGACGGCCUCCCGCCCGACAGCCCCCUGCGCCCCCGCGCCCUCCUCGCCUGCACCCACAGCGGCUGCACCGUCAUGACCCUCGACUGCGCAGACGUCCUCACAGCCAUCGCCCUCCAUGCACGCGCUCAGGAAGACGACGCCCCCGUGCUGGGCACACGACGCGUUAUGGUGUUUCCCUGCGAUCAAGAUGAAGAACACCCGGGGGCAGAUUACUACGUUGUGCCUACUUGCACCAUCUGCGCUGAGAGGCUCGAGCCAACACUCACAGGAUACACGGCACGCACAUGCCGCUGCGAUCCACCUUCAGCGUGUGCUUGUAUGACAGAGCACUCAUCAUGUGUGGUCUGCACCACACUGCUUCGCAUGCAGCGUGGAGGCGGUAGCAAUGUACCCUGUGAAGUCUGUCACCUCGCAGGAGACCCAUGGAUUUGCCUUGUCUGUGGCUUUGUCGGCUGCAGUCGCUACCAAGCACAACAUGCAAAGCACCACUUCCUUCAGGAACGCCAUUUUUUUUCUAUGAGUCUGCUCACACAGCAGAUUUGGGAUUACGAUAGUGAUGCAUUUGUACACCGUGUGGUUGUUUUGUUCGAUACAGCUACCGGUGCUAUGCAACGUGUACAGUACCCAGACAGGGAUAAUCUUCCAUCAUCUCUCGUAGAUGAUACAGGAGAUACUGUUACAGCGGAGAAGGCAAAUAAGAAACACAUUAAUGCCAAGUAUGACUCCAAGGUUGAGACGUCUAACGAAACGUUAGCGUUAAUGAUUAAACAUCAACUUGAUACUAGUCGAGCAGAAUAUGAGAGUGAGCACGAAGAACAACAACGACUACAAAAACAGGGUAAACAAAAUUUAUCUCUUACCCUACAGAAAUUUUAUGAUAUUGAUGCAACAGAAAUAUAUAGUAAAAUGAAUUUGGAAAAAGAAUAUGGUGGAGCUCGACAGAGGUGGUUAUCCUUAUUUCUUGGAAACCGAAAUCUUGAUGAUGAGGUGCAACAGUGUAAAUGUGAAGUGUCAAGAUUAACAGAAUUGCUGAAUGAACUCAAUAGUGAGCUUCGUAGUGUAGUAGAAUACUACGCUACGGGAGAACAUCGUCUCUUAGUUGAGAUUGCUGACCUUGAGGAAACUAUUAAGGAGGUUGAAACAAACGUACGGAUGCGUAAACAGCUUGAAAAUAGGUUAGGUGGUGAUAGCUGCCAAACCAUUUGUGUGAUGGGUGACGGCAAUGACAAUAGUACAAAAAAGACAAAUAAACAAAAGAAACAGAAGAAAUAG